UGAAAUAUAUGCUGAGACACAACAGCCAGGGUUGUUGUUUUUCAGAAUGUGCCACUAGAUCACCUUUACCAACAACGAUCUAGUUGACCAGAGGAAAUCUGGGUGUCAGAGGGUCAACUGGGUUGAGUCACUGUCUCUUUUCUCCGCGUAGCAACCGUGGGGUAAAAUCCCAGCACGCUUUGGGCCCCGGCUGUGAGGACUAAUGGAGGCCGUGCUCCAGCGUGGCCAUCUGUGAUGCUGUGGCAGAAACUGAGCAGGAUGCUGGGCCACAUACUGGCAUUUGGACGCUCCCUUGUGCGCAGGAAGGUGGUGGCAGUGGACAGCCUGGAGGACUCCAAGCUCUGCAGAUGUCUGUCCACAGUGGACCUCAUGGCUCUGGGCGUGGGCAGCACGCUGGGGGCCGGUGUCUACGUGCUGGCCGGAGAGGUGGCCAAGGGUAGCUCUGGACCCAGCAUCGUGCUCUCCUUUCUCAUUGCCGCGCUGGCCUCUGUCAUGGCAGGCCUGUGCUAUGCUGAGUUUGGGGCUCGUGUGCCCAAGACAGGCUCCGCCUACCUGUAUAGCUAUGUGACGGUAGGUGAGCUGUGGGCAUUCAUUACCGGCUGGAACCUCAUCCUCUCCUAUGUCAUAGGCACGUCAAGCGUGGCCCGGGCCUGGAGCGGGACCUUUGAUGAGCUCAUAGGAGAGCACAUAGAAACCUUCUGUAAAACCUAUUUCAGCAUGAACUCCCCUGGUUUGGCAGAAUACCCAGACUUCUUUGCUGUCUUCCUCAUCCUGCUGCUCUCAGGACUUUUGUCCUUUGGCGUAAAGGAAUCGGCCUGGGUAAAUAAAGUUUUCACUGCCAUCAAUGUGCUGGUGCUGAUGUUCGUCAUCAUCUCGGGGUUUGUCAAAGGAGAUCCACACAACUGGAGGAUAACAGAAGAGUCCCUCAUUAAUUUCACCAUCACCACCAGAAACUUGUCGUCCCAAGAAAACGUGACCAGUGACUAUGGGGUUGGUGGCUUCCUGCCCUAUGGCUUCGGAGGGACGUUGGCCGGCGCGGCCACCUGUUUCUAUGCGUUUGUUGGAUUUGACUGCAUUGCAACCACAGGUGAGGAAGUGAAGAACCCACAGAAGGCCAUCCCCAUCGGCAUUGUGGUUUCUCUGCUCGUCUGCUUUCUGGCCUACUUUGGUGUUUCCGCCGCUCUGACUCUCAUGAUGCCCUACUACCUUCUGGAUGCAAAGAGUCCGCUGCCCCUGGCCUUCGAGUACGUGGGCUGGGGGCCAGCCAAGUAUGUGGUGGCCGUGGGAUCACUGUGUGCCUUGUCCACCAGCCUCUUGGGCUCCAUGUUUCCGCUGCCCCGCAUUCUCUUUGCCAUGGCGCGCGAUGGCUUACUGUUCACCUUUCUCUCCAAAGUGAGUGAGCGGCAGGCUCCAGUGGCCGCCACCAUGGUGGCAGGCAUCACCGCGGCGCUCAUGGCUUUCCUGUUUGACCUCAAGGCCUUGGUGGACAUGAUGUCCAUCGGAACCCUGCUGGCCUACUCCCUGGUGGCUGCAUGUGUGCUCAUCCUCAGGUAUCAGCCAGACAGCACGUGCGAGAGGAGCGGGGGGAGGGAUACUCGCGGAGAGGAUGCGACGCUCACCGAGUCGGAGUCUCACCUCAGCAUGCUGAGCCCCGACUCCUUGUUGCCAACUGACAGGUCGUCAGCCAUUGUCAAUACAGCUGUCAGCGUCAUAGUAUUGCUGGUGUGUACGAUCAGCACUCUCACCACGUACUACACGCCUGCCAUCCUGGAAAUGGAGCCCUGGGCUUUGGCUCUGCUCGUGGCAGCUCUCCUUGUCCUCGUGGGCUGCAUCUUUGUCAUCUGCAGGCAGCCGCAAACACAAAAGAAAGUUUCCUUCAUGGUACCUUUGCUCCCGUUCCUACCCAUCGUGAGCAUAUUUGUCAACCUUUAUCUCAUGGUUCAACUCAGUGGGGACACCUGGGUUCGCUUCUCUGUGUGGAUGGCUGUGGGCUUCAUCAUCUACUUUGGCUAUGGCAUGUGGCACAGCGUGGAGCGGAAGUGUGGCAGCAACUCGCACCAGCAGCCCCCCGGGGAGCACAUCAUAGGGGGCCACGGCAGCGAAAGCCAACAGUUCAUCUUGCGCGAGAAAACAAGCCGGUGUUAGAGGCGCCCGGGGGCCCUGUGGCACCAGGAGCCACUUUAUGGCCCGUCAGCCGGAGAAGGUGUUCAGCACACGGAUGUUUACACACACGCCAGUGAUCCAAGGAGCCCUCUUUCAGCAAGAUGCCUUCACCGCUGGUGGCCUUCACUGCAGGCUUCCUUCAGCAAGACGCCUCAGUAAGAGUCCAACAGAAGAGUGAGAGCUCCAUGGUUCCAGGACAUCCCGCAUCAGACAUUGACCCCAGGAAAGGAGGCACGGGAACAAAAAGGAGCUUCUUCUCUCUGUGGAGGAAACCCAUUUUUUGUUUAAUCUCUUCAGCUCUUCAGAACAUCUGCAGUUUCCUCGGUGGAACAGCCCACCUUGUGCACACCGAGGCCACGGAUCCUAACCUUUAAAUGGACAAUAAGAGCUGCUCACCAGCUGUAUCUUAUCAGUGUUUCACAUUGAUGGCAACGGCCUCAUCUUGACCCCCCACGGGUCCCGUCUGUACCUUCCACACUGAGGGAACUUGUGCCAAAUGUAUGAAUGAUGUCAUCUUGGCCAGUGACUGCCUUCCGCACCUUUUAUAGUCCUUUCGCAGACACCAGUUCACGGCAAAAGCAACUGAUUUCUCUGUAUGUGUAUGGUGUGUGCGUGUGUGUGUGUGUGUGUGUGUGUGUGUACAUAUAUAUCUCAGUACCUGUGACUAACAUUUAUAGAUCUGGAACAUUAAAAAAUCACUAUGGAAUUUAGACACGUGUAUUUGUCCAAGAAGCCAGCAUCAGUAUCUGUGAGAAAUUAUUAUUUGGGCUUCACUUCUAUUCUAAGACUGGAAGUAUUUGAAGGUGUGGUAUAAUUUAAAAUUAUACAUAAUUAAAACAUGAUUCUUACUAAAUGUGAAUCAAAGUGUCUUUUAAACAAAGUACAUUGAUAGUAUGUAUUUGCCCCCACUCAUCUAAGGAGCAGUGAGAAUCAAGCUCUUUUUGUGUUAUAGAAGUACCUUGUGAAAGUUUAGAUAAAGUCACUAAAGAGAGAAUGAUGGUCUGAAACUGCAGAAUUACAUACUGUCAUUGCCCAGUUACUGUCAGGCUUAGGAGAGAAGCGGGGAAACAACCGCACCAGGAGGGCAGGAGGGCAGCAGGGUUAACCAUCCAUGCCUGUCACUGCUACUAUUUGACUUAAACAUUUGGGACAUGAAUACAAGUACUCAUUUUUGUAAAAAUUUCUUGAAAUAAUGCAUUAUACAUUAAAAAUAAGCACUGGAAUUGCAAUGGGGGAGAAAAAAUUGAGGCAACUGGUAAUAUGGUUAGAGCUGCUGCCCUUUGACCUAAAGAUUCUAGGUUUGAAUCUCACCUCCAGUUGU